UCCCUUAAGCAAUGUAUCUUAUCUCGCACCGUACUCCAAUUUCUGACAUACCAAGACGAAAAAAAAGUAUUUCAAGGAUGAACCAAAACGAGAAAAAAAGCUCUUUUUACACAGCCUCUUCCUUUAAAAAAAUAUCUGAGUAGAGUAUAUCCUAUCCUAUCGCAUCCACAUCCACUCCACAUACCAUCCAUACACACAAGGUGAAAGUCCAUAUUCGAUAUAAAUUCCAAACUCAAAAAGAAAAAAAGUAUCCUACAGAAAAUAUAGAACUUUUCGCUAUGUUCCCACCUCUAUGGAGCCGAAGAACAGUCUUGUGACGGUUGCCUUUUCGAGAAGUUCGGGUUUUUCGGUUCUGAUAAACGGAUACGGAUACAAGCAAAAUAAAAAAUUCAAAAAUAAAAACACACAAAAUCUCAAAGGAUACACAGAGAUGGAUAAGGAUAUCUAAGUUAACAAUUUUUAUGUUUAUGUAAUAACAAAAAGGAUACAAAUUUUUGGUGAUGUGAACGGUGACAGUGACCGCAUGAGAAGGCAAAUUGUGGUUAACUUUUGAAAAUAACAAACAAAAUAUAUAUUCCUCCUCCUCACGGUGUCCUUUUUUAACGGUUUGCAUAUAAUUAAGAUACUUUUUGGACGUUCGGUGUGUUCGGUCGUGGUCUAUUGAAAUUUUCGACUGUGUUUUAUGUUUUGGGCUCUCUGAUCCUUGGGUUGGUUGUUCAUUUUCAUUUUGAUUUUCGUUUUCAUUUCUGUGUCAAAUUGUAUCUCUCUCAAAUUGUGUGUGGCUGCUCGUAGAUUCCUCAUCGGAUUAGAAUAUUUGAAAGAUUUAUGUAAUCACAGGAAGUGCUCUGCUGGCUCUCCAGGUUAUAUUUUUUGAAAAAAGUGUAUCUGUGAGAUACUUUUUUUUGUUGCCUUUUUUGCCAUCACGAAAAAUAUAAGUAUCGUUUUGUGUUUUUUUUUUCGUGGAAAUAUAAAUUUUGUGAGUGGGAAAUUUAAAAGUGUCAGUUAAAUUUCAAAUAAUGAGGAUUACCAAAAAGCAUUCAAUGAAUACAUUUUGAAACUAAUAACUGAAGGAUUAACUGUUAUAAGGAUACAAAACGGAUUAUCUAGCAUCCUCGUCGUAGUUCGCUUGGAAAAUAAAUUAAAUUCUCCCCAUCGCUGACUGUGACUGUAACUUUGGCAGUGGUAGUAACAGUGGCAGAUUUCCGUAGUCAUCUUGUCAUCUUUUAGUUUUUGGGAUGUCAAACCAUAUCCUUGCUGGCAACUCAACUCUAACUAGCUCAAAAGAACGCUUUGACAAUUAGAAAAAUAUGUGGACUUCGUUAAAUGAAAAGGGUUAAUCCUUAAACCAGCUUAACAAAACACAAAACAAAAAAAAACAAAAGAAAACCUUAAACACCUAAAACAUAAAAACAGAAACUUUCAAUCUAACAGCAAAAUAUUUAAUUUAAUUUUUAAAGUCAAAGUUAACAAAAAAACUAUAAAAUAACUUUUUAAGUGAACCACAAAUAAAUUUGUCAAAAUUAUUUCAAUUAAUCAACAAAACAAAAAAAGGACCAAGGAUCCAAAUAACUCACCAAGAGCUUCAUCGUUGCCGUAAAUAUUUAAAACACACAGAGAUGAAUUGCUGCAGCAGCAACACUUCCACCAUCAGUGCUGCCAAUCUCUGCGGAGUAAGCUGCUACAAGAACAACUGUCGGAAGUAAAAUUAAUUACAAGAGUCCUUGGGAAGUUGCAUGAAAAAUAUACUACAAAAUAUUCUGGCCAAAGGAUGUCCUGAUAAAUUACUCGCCCAAAAACUUACGGCAAAAUAACAAUAAAUUUCUAUUAUUCUCACUUUUUCUCUGUUCUACCUUUCGCGCUCUCUCUUUCUCAUUCGUUUGUUUACUCGCUUAUUCAUCACUAUCUGCUUUUGACUUUCUGUUUCUUUUUGUAAAAACCAAAGCUGAAAACUUUUUCAACUAGGCGAAAAGGACACCCAGCGCCGCGAAGCACAGGAAUAACGUGGAGCGAUGAAGGGACCUAACUAUCCACCACCCACAUCAAGGUGACGGCAUUUUGAAGAGGCUCCCCAAAGUCUUCGUCGUGUUCGUUCGCUCCCGUCACCACCGCACCGCACAGCACCAACAUCGUCGUCACAGUCACCGUCUACGUCACCACCAUCGCCAUCAUCAACAAGAAAAGUUUUGUUGGACAGGAAAUAGGCUUCCUAUCAUUUCCCAUCAGGACGGACGACACCGCACACACAUCGAGCCAACUCAAAUCCACAGAGCCACAUGAAAAAUGUUCUCGAAUGGAAACUUUUUUGUUUACUUAUUCAUCGUUUCGGUGCAGCUGCAUCUAAUUUCAGCCGAGACAGCAACCAUUCGCCGCAUAAAUAUUUCACAAAAUGCCACACCCUCGACCACCGCCAACGCAACCGCCGCCGCUACCGCCAAUGCCACCACCGAAGACCUAUUAACUAAAUCAAACAGCAGUAACAACGAGCUGGAUAAGGAGCGAGCCUCAUUUCUGGCCAACGAAAAACCGGUACCGGAUGUGGACGCGAAUUUACUUAAAAAUAAUCACACGAAAUCAAAUCGACGACGCGAAAAGUCUGUUCCCGAUGAGAACAAUCUCCGCGUCCCGCUCGACAUUUCCACCAUUCAUACCCCAGUGGAUGACGCUGGCGCUGCUGCAAAAGGAUUUCGAAUUGAACUCUCCCAAGGGGAUAUUGAGCAACUUCCGCAACCUAUGGCUCUAUUCGGGAUGGGUAAGUCUGCAACAGCAACAUCAUCUGGCGGUGGCUACCACCAUCACUCAUCUAACCACCAUCGAGCUCCGGUAGUAGCGGCAACAGAUGGCCUGCUAGGCAGUGGGCCACUUCCGGUGUUUCCAGAGCGCAGUGAUGCAGUUUAUUUUGUUGUUGCUGUGAUUGGUGGUGCCAAAGUGUGGAGUCGCACUCUGGCAAGGUCUUUAAUGGAAAUGGGACCACCGUUUGGCAGUCCCCUCGGACCACCCCUUCGACCGUUGUAUGUGGACUUACCAGCUAAUGGAAAAUUUUCGGUAAAAGUUUUAACAUCGUUCUGUCAACAAACCGAUGGAGUGCCUUUAGCUGGAGUUGUUGUCAUUGGUGAUGGACAAUCAGCACGUGCGAUUGCUUUGUCAGGACAUUCAAUGCAGAUUCCAGUCCUUUGGGCAAGAGGAGGAACAGCAAAUAUUCAUAGUACGCAUAGUGAGUACCAUGCGACUCUUCAAUCAAUAUUGCAACCAUCAGCAAGGGAAAUUCUAGAAGCUAUUCGUGCACUUUUCCUGCAGACUCACUGGCAUUCGUUCUUUGUGCUAUCGGAUGUGGAUGCUACGAUGGUGCUCGCCGGAACUGAGGGUCUUCCACUUAAGCUGCCACCUUUAAAGCCAACAAUUCUACCGCUACCACCAACGGACGGAAAUGUAUUCAGACAACUAGCAGAGAUAUCUCGUUCUACACGUGGCAUUGUGCUUCUUCUGUGCAACCUUGUAUCGGCCCGGAAUGUUAUGUCAGAAGCAAAACGUCUUAAUAUGGCCGGAGGACAUUUUAUUUGGCUGUGGGCCGACACAAGCAGCACUGCUGAGUUUUUCGAUGUUAAUAAAAGUCCUAGUGGCCCCGAAACUCAGGAACAUAAUAGCGAUGGUGAUGGCGACGAUGGUUUAGUGGAUGAGGAGGAGAAUAUCUUAAAAUAUCCAGAGGCUGUGAAGCAAUUUACCAACCCCAUUGUUGGUGGUGGUGUCGAUGAAAAUGUGAUUGCUGCUGGGAAAUCGAAUCCCGGUGGUGGUGGUGGUGGUGGGAGGAAUGCUGGUGUUGGUGGAGGUGGAAGUGGAAAAGUUCCACAGCACCGACAUAAUUCGCCACCAGCUGGAUUCCAUCAGCGAGGUGGUUUCGACACGAGUUGGAAUCCCUUUCAUAACACUGUCGAUCCACAUAAGCGGGGUUCUUCAUCGGGCGAUGAUGCAAACUUUGAGACGUUAGAUAAACUGCGGCGCCCGAAUGUUGCCAGCGCCGAAGGAAGAUAUUUAGUCGAUGUUCAUGAAAGUUCUUAUGAGAGUGCUGAGCCGAGCUAUGUGACAACCAAAGCCAAUCACAUAAUGGACUCGGAGGAGUACAGCGAUGAAGAAGACGAAGAUGCAGCCGAACAACCGGGUUUCAGAAAAUUCUUCGAGGCCACAAAGUUUGACAAUAAGAAUCUUGAUUCAUACUACAAUAUCCUGAGUAGUAGCGGCUCAAAUGGCUCAAGUGAUACAUCGUAUAAUCAUCAAAGUCCAAAGCCCAAACGUACCUCAUCGCUGCAUUAUGGCAUAAAUGCCUCUUCAGCAUCGUCCCACGUCCUAUUCCAUCAUUAUAAGGACUUUCCGGUCGGUCUUCUGGCAUUAAGACCGAUCAAAAUGGCGGUCGAUCAGAAUUUCAUUCGAUCGACAAUAAGAUUAUUUGCCUCUACCUGGGCGCAGGUACAAAUAAACGCAGCCCGUGAUCUAGAGAAGACACGACAACGUGUCAGUAUCAACCCGUAUGGUGAGAAUUUGGGUUGGUCACCGGAAGAUCGGGACCAAAGUGUCCGAGGGAAAAGGCGACGACGUAGGGGUCGUCGGAGGCGAAAACGUCGAUUUAUCGAUGAAAAUGAACUCGAUAUAGUUAACAGUAAUCAGCCGAAACAAAAUUCAGUGCAUAGAAUAAAAAAUCUAAGUAGUAAUAUUAAUAAUAAUAAUAGUAGUAACACAUUUCGUAGUAAAAAAGUAGCAGAUAGUAGUAGUAGUAGUAGAAAUAGUAGUAACAACAGUAAUAAUAUUAAUUAUAAUAAUAAUAAUUAUAUCAAUCGUAGCGGUGAUAGUAACAAAUUGAAUUCUAGUUUUUAUAUACACAAAAACAACAACAACAAAGAGAACAUAACAAACAACAGCACCAGUGACAGCAACUUGAGCAGUCACUACUUGAGCAACAGCAGUAGUAAUAGUAAUAAAAAUAGUAGUUAUAAUCAAAAUUUAAGUGGCUUAACCAAUCAAAACAAAAAUGAUGAAAAUGGUAGAAGAAAAGACGAAGACAAAUCGUCUUGGAAAAUACCAAGAACUAACAAUCAAAGCAAUACCAACAACAACAACAACAACAGUGCCGACAACAAAGUUGACAAGAAAAACGAUUUCCAAGAACACGCCACCGCCGAUAGUUCUUCUGGGGGAAAAGUAAAGCGGGCGUCAUUUCCCUGGAACACCAAUAAGGGUUUAGAUAGUGGGAGUAGAAGAGGUUCGAGUUCGAGCCGGCGAAGGCCGGUUGACGGUGAUUUAGUAGGUGCUGACAGCAACGAUUCCAAGAAAGGCGGCAGUAGACUGACACAUGGAGAAGACGAAGAUGGGGUAGACGACGACGACGACGUGGACGAAGAUGUUCGGUAUCGCCGCAAACCGGGAACACCAUUUUUUGCAGGCGGAUGUUUCGGAAGUGCCAGCCGGUCGGAUGUGCAGAGAGCUGAAUUAUUUUCCAGAGCUCUGAAGACAACGACAUCUCAAGCCAUGUCCGGAGAUCUAACUCUAGACGGUGGUCAGCGUGAGCAUCCGCUUAUAACCAAGUUCGAGAUCCUCAAUCUAGUGCCCGAUGCAACUGGACGUCAGUUGCAAUUGUUCGAAGACGAAUUAGCAAUAGUUCGCCAUCGAUCACAACAACGAAGACGACCACGCUAUCCAUCGACCAAGUGGCGACGAGUUGGUCUGAUUGCUGGCAGGAAUGUUCAUUUGGAUACAAUUGUCUGGCCAGGAGGAGACAUUGUUGUCUCAGGUAAAGAACAACGUCGUAAGUCUAACAUUAGAUUGGCCCUCUACAGCGUUGCAUCUUCGAUAGGCCUGUCGGCGAAAUCACGAACGGUGUUUCGUGUUGUCACUGCCUUAGCGCCGCCAUUUGUAAUGGCGUCCGAAUUGGAUGAGGACGGUUUGUGUUUGCGUGGAUUGCCUUGUCAUCGAUUGCUGCCAAAUCGAAAGCAUAAUCUAACGAUAAUGUUUAAUAAUAUUGAGACUCAGCAAAGGUUUACGCAGGAUGUAUUGGAUCAUGGCGGCAAAGUGCCUUCCGAUGAGACGGAUAAUUUUUCAAAUCCUAUGUUUGAAACAAAAUGCUGUUAUGGCCUUUCCAUGGAUCUGCUCGACAACAUUGCUACAGAAUUGGAAUUCGAAUUUCAUUUGUACAUUGUUCAUGAUGAAUUAUUCGGUGCUAAAUUCUCGACACUGAAUGAUUUUGUACCCAGAAGAGCCGCCUCACCUAAAGGCGGAGGACACAAUCAUGAUACUAACAACAACAAUCGACAAGCAUCAGGACCAUCACCAUCAUCAGGAGUCAAGGAGCAACAACAACAAAACAAACAGCAAGAGCAUCAUCACAAAACAAAAGAUGCUACAUUGACGAUGGACGACGUAAACGAUCAAUAUCCUGCCAAUUCAGCUGGUGCCACUAACCAACAACAGCAGGAGAAGGAACGGCAGCAACAGCAACAACAACAACGUCGAUAUCACUCACCCGAAGGACGAACUCGCACUCGACGUCAAUCUUCUUCUUCUUCUAGCAGUGUUCAGUGGAACGGAAUAAUUGGUGAUUUAAUAUCCGGAUCAGCAGACAUGUCAUUUGCACCUCUAACAGUCUCAAGGGCUCGUGCCGAGGUAAUUGACUUCAGUGCCCCGUACUUUCAUGGAGGUGUAUCCUUGUUGGCUGCGCCAAAGAGGAAGUCCGAAAUACCAUUGCUGGCCUUCCUGUUGCCAUUCUCUCCGGAGCUUUGGAUUGCCAUUUUCACGUCACUCAACGUGACAGCCAUCGCUGUGGCUAUAUACGAGUGGUUAAGUCCGUUUGGGCUUAACCCUUGGGGCCGGCAGAGGAGUAAAAACUUCAGUAUGUCAUCAGCACUUUGGGUUAUGUGGGGAUUGCUCUGUGGACAUCUGGUGGCUUUUAAGGCUCCCAAAUCAUGGCCGAAUAAAUUCUUAAUCAACGUUUGGGGUGGUUUCAGUGUGAUAUUCAUUGCUUCAUACACAGCGAAUAUAGCAGCGCUUAUUGCGGGGUUGUUUUUCCACAAUUCCGGGAAUACCCCCGAAGUGUCGUUAUUUAAACAACGCGUUGGAGCACCAGUAUCAUCAUCCACAGAAUCGUUUAUGAAACAACAUCGUCCUCACGAAUGGGAGCAUAUCAAAAAGUACACGCUUAUGAAUAUUGAAGAUGGGAUCCGAGGACUCAAAAACGGUACACUGGAUCUCCUCCUCGGCGACACUCCAAUCCUCGAUUAUUAUCGAGCCAUCGACCAUGGCUGUAAUUUACUAAGGGUUGGCGAAACCUACGUCGAAGAUACUUAUGCCAUUGGCAUGAAAAAAGGCUUUCCACUCAAGGACUCCAUAUCAGCAUUAAUUGCAAAAUACUCAAGCAAUGGAUAUUUAGAUAUACUUGCUGAAAAAUGGUACGGUGGUUUGCCGUGCUUCAAAUUGGACAGUGAUAUUAUCAUGCCACGACCCUUGGGGGUUGCUGCUGUAGCUGGAGUCUUUCUUCUGCUUGGACUCGGAAUCACGGUCGGAGUUGUGAUUCUCAUCUUCGAGCAUUGGUUCUAUAAAUUCAUGCUACCAAAACUACGCCACAAGCCCAAGGGCACUGUUUGGCGUUCUCGCAAUAUAAUGUUCUUCAGUCAGAAGCUCUAUCGGUUUAUCAAUUGCGUGGAGCUAGUUUCACCCCAUCAUGCUGCCAGAGAACUAGUUCAUACCCUUCGACAAGGACAAAUAGCCAGUUUGUUCCAGAAGAGCAUUAAAAGGAAGGAAGAUGAGCAGCGGCGACGACGGAAGAGCAAGGCUCAAUUUUUCGAGAUGAUUCAAGAAAUAAGAAGAGUCCAACAGGCAGAGAAGAUGAAAUCCAAGCUUGAAGUUCUGAAAGAACACGCAGAAGCCGAAGGCCAUCCGACAAUUCAAAUUCCCGAAAUAAUAACACCACACUCACGAUCACCUAAACCACGUUCAAGUCCUCGAUCAAAACUCUUCUCCAGCCGUCACAAACGUUCCCGAUCGAAUUCAUCAACUCUAAAUGUUCGUCGCUUCAGCAACGAUAGCAUUCUAAGUGAUCGAUUGGACACGAUUGGGCGACGUUUAAGUCGUGAUCUAACCAAUUCCCCACCGGAUUUCGGGAGACGUUUUGAUACCCUAAGUGCCACAAACACAGGCUCCGGUAGUACUGUGAAAUUUGAGACCUACUCUGCUAAGGAUCUGUCGAGUGAAAAAAUAGAAGAAACCAAAUUCGAUACAUAUAGUGCUAAGGAGCUGACUGUGCCGGUUAAAAAACAUCAAAACCGACGAUCCCCGCUGAAUUCGGAGACAUUCAAGCCGAUGAUGGGAAAGGAGGCUUCUGGUGAGAGUAGCAGCAAUUCAACAGAUAGUCCCACGGUUCAGCUGUUGCCAGUUCUGCGGGAAGGUCUAGUAUCUCCAAUAUGUCAGGAGGAUCGCGCCCAAGCCCUGCUGCGUGAGCGCAUGCAUGAAGAACUCAUCACAAAAUACGGUGAAUGUGAGUACGAAGUCAUUGUGCCGAUAGAAGACUCCAGUCCUCCCCAAACGUCCAGUCAGAGGACCAGCUUUCGAUCCACCAAUCGUUCUCCACCGCUGACCCUCAUGCGACACCGUCAACGCAGCCUCGAUGGCUUAGAACAGCGACCGAAAAUGCCCUCGCCACCAAGAAUCUCUGUCGAUACCGAUACACGACAAGUAAGUAUUUCACGAUCCAAUCUUCGAGAAGUAUCUUUAGAACGCUUAAGCCGUGAAGACCUGCUCCGAUUAAGCGAAAGCACCGAGUCCGAAAUUCAUGACUAUCUUAGUAAACCAGCAAUAGAACGGUCACUAGAGCCGCCUUGAAACCACUGAUCAAUUACUGGAGUACUUUGUACAUUAUUGUAUUGUAAUUUGUAAAUCCUUUGAGGUGUUUAGAUAUGGUGCGGUCGGUGGUAGCCACGUCAAAACCAAAGGCUGGUGUUCGAAAGCUCAAACACACAUAGGUAACCAUAUAUUAACAGGCACCAUAUGGAGUUAAAAAUUAAAAUUGUCUGCACCAGGUGCGGGAAUCAAGAACAAAAAUUCCCUUUGGCUUACAAAUUAAUUUCCUUUCCCAAAAACAAAAAAGGGAAAUUAAAUUGUAAAACAAAUACAAGUUUUUGUUCUCUUUUUAAAUUUAAACAGUUAACGAUAAAGGAACGUGUUCAAGCUUUUUGGAAAAAAAUUAUAUUAUAAAAAAAGUUUUAAACUUAAACAUAUUUUUAAACAAAACAAAAAAAUAAAUAAAAAAGUUUGUAAGUGAAAAAAAGUUAAACAUUAAACUUAAUUUAAAAAUAAAAAUAAAAACUUAAAAAAGCUUUAGGAAACUCUUUUCAAAAACAAAAAAAGGAAUCAUCAAAAUUCCAUCAUUGUUAUCUCUACGACUCUUAAACCUAAACAAAAACUUAUUAGCCCUUUCCCCCUGUUUUUAUAUAACUUCUCUGUUCAUAUAUCUAUUUAGAUUUUAGAUUAUUUGUUAAGUUUAAAAAAUUAAAAUUAAACAAAACAAAAACUUUAAUUGGUUACAAACAAAAUAAAAAAAAAGAAAUUAUACAUGAAAAAUUCAACGACCAUUUAGAAAAUAUAGAAUAAAUCAAAAAAUUAUUAUUAUAAUUAAAAAAAAAAACACAAAAUAUGAUUAGAUAAAUAAAAACAAAACAUUUAAAAAUAAAUUUACAACAAAAAGUGAAUUAAAAACAAAACAAGUAAAGUAGAAUUCUAAAUUAAAUUUUUAAACAAAUCACAAAACAAAACAAAAACGGUGAAACAGAAAUUGUGAAAAUUGUUAAUUAACAAAACAAAAAAUUGGGCGACGGUGGUUAGGGCAGACUUUAAAAAUAAAAACAAAAAGAUUAUAUAAAAAAAAACGGUCCCAUAUUACUGCUAAAUAAAUUAACUGCCGUCACAUUGUAUAAAUUUGUUAUCUACUAAAUAGUACAUUUAUAGAUUAGUUAUGAAUUGAUAUAAACAUUGUAUAUAAACAAAGUUUUUUUUUAUAAACCAAAAUGGAGUUUUCUAUUUUUUUGAGGACGCAUGAUUUUAGUUUAAGUUAAGUUCAACAUUUGGAUACAUUUGUACUGUUUAAUUGUUCGAUAUAACUUAAAAUUCAAAAUGUUUUUUAAUAAACACUAAUUAGAUAUUAAUUAUCUUAGCAAUGCAUUUUUCUUAAUUUGUAUAUACAUCAAUGAUGAGAUACUUUUUGAGCUCUAAACUUUCUUAUUUUUUAACGAAAGGUAUGUAAAAUGUGUGUGUUUAACGAAAUCCAGGCAUUCAGUUUUUAUUAAUAAGGAUUUUUAAUUUGUGAAUGAAGUCUUUUUUAAGAGCUUUAUUUUGCGUUUAGUUGAUUUCUUGAAAUAAUUUAAACUUGUUUUGAAGACAAAUUAUUAUAGCUUUAAUACGGACUUUAAUUUGAAUUAUUAAGAAUUGGAAUAUUAAAACUUUAAAAAUCUCAGUCCAACAAUACGUUUAGAAACUGGUAAGUUUAAUAAUUUAUUUAUAAUUAAUAAAUAAAUAUCAUAUUUUUA